ACCUGCAAGAGCGUUUGGGAGGCGGAGAGUCACAGUCGGCUCACCCGGGAGCUGUAUGACUGUGUGUGUCGGCCGGGCAGCAGGAGGAGCCCGCACCGACCGGAGUGAGCGAAGAAAAGACGACAAGAAAAGAGAGCAAGGGGGGGCGGAAAGAGACCCGAUUGAAAGAAAGACGCGAACGCUGUGCGGAUGAAGAAAUCAGAGUGGCAACGGUCGAAAGACUCAUGUGAAGUUUGUCGCUUAAAACAUGGACAGACUGGGUGUUGACUAGGGACAAAAACACGGCAGAGAGAGACGUCGGCGAGAGACACCAAUGUAUAAAAUGUGCUGGCAGCCUGGUCCUUGCUAAAGUAAUGGAAACACGACGUUUAGUGGCCAUUGCCAUGCCUCUGUGGAAAUACGCAAGCAGCUAGCAUGGCUAAUCGUGUUGAGCCUGUCAGCCGAUACGCUCAGGACCGCCAUGCUAAAGUGGUGCGAGAAUAACAACCAGGAGCGCUCUGUUCACGCAGAGGGAAAACGCUGGAAAAAGUUGGUGGAAAAUCUUGUUUUUUCACCUCAUUUGUGAUCCCCAGCUUUUUAUUAUUUUGACCUAGAUACUUCUCCAAGACACUUACUUUUCGGCCAAUCACAUCUAAAUGCAAUCGACUUUUCUGUGAAUAAUAAUGGAUGGAAUUGACAGCCUGGCGUAGUGAGGAUGUGAGCGGCAGAAGGAUGGAAGUUGUAUGAAGAGAAGGAGGACUAGCUGGAACCAGCAGAGCACAAUGGCCCACGCCAGUUUGCUGCAGGGGAAGCGCUUUUAUUGCCGGGAAUGGGUCUUCCAUAAGAUCCAGCAUUGCCUCCAGGAGAAAAGCAGCAACCUGAGUGGGGUGACCCCAAGUAAGCAACCCCCUGACGGAGACGUGGCCAACCCAAGAAGCCUGACGUCAGGCUCAGUGAAGAGCGGGAACUCCUGGGGGGUGUUACUGGUUGGCGGUCCCGGCAGCGGGAAAACGGCACUGUGCACCGAGCUGCUGUGGCCCAUGUCGACGCAGGGAGCCCAGCGAGGCCUGCACCAGCAGGGCCUUGCCUUCCACUUCUGCCGGGCGGGUGACUCGGACACACUGUGCGUCGCCGGCUUCAUCCGCGGCCUGGUGGCACAGAUCUGCCGCAGCGGGUUGGUGCUGGGAUACGAGGAGAAGGUGCGCGACCCGGCCGUGCAAAGCGCGCUGAAGCCUGGGGAGUGUGAGAGGAACCCGACCGAGGCAUUCAAACGCUGCGUGCUCUUGCCUCUCCUGGGUGCCAAGCCGCCGCCACAGGCUCUCUACCUGCUAGUGGACUCCGUGGACGAGGGUGGCCAACUGGGCGAGGCGGACCAGAGGUCACCACCGGGCUCCCCCAGGACCAUCGCCGAGCUCCUCGCCAGCCAUCACGAGUUCCUGCCGCCGUGGCUUCUGCUCAUCUGCUCUUCACGGAGACAGAACAAGUCCAUUACAAAACUCUUCACAGGGUUCCGGAAAAUCAGCCUGGAUGAUCUGCGUAAGGCCUACAUCGUCAAGGAUGUGCAACAGUACAUCCUCCACCGCCUGGAUCAGGAGGAGGCCCUAAGGCAGCAUCUCACCAAGGAGACGGCAGAGAUGCUCAACCAGCUCCACAUCAAGAGCAGCGGGUGUUUCCUCUACCUGGAGCGAGUGCUGGACGGCGUGGUUGACAACUUUAUCAUGCUACGUGAGAUCCGCGACAUCCCCGGCACGCUGAAUGGCCUCUACCUCUGGCUCUGCCAGAGACUGUUUGUCAGGAAACAGUUUGCCAAAGUCCAACCCAUCCUCAAUGUUAUUCUGGCAACGUGCAGGCCCCUCACAGUCAAGGAAUUGUACCACGCAGUCUGGACCAAAAAUACCACCCUGACAAUGGAAGAGUUUCAGAAAAAGAUGGACAUCCUCUCCAAGUUGUUAGUGGAUGGUUUCGGCAGCACCAAAAUCCUUUUCCACUACAGUUUUGCAGAGUGGCUGCUGGACGUGAAGCAUUGUACACAAAAAUACCUGUGCAAUGCUGCUGAAGGACACCGGAUGUUGGCUAUGAGUUACACCUGCCGGGCAAAGCAGCUCAAACCUCGCGAAGUGCAAGAAUUCGCACUACACUUAGUGAAUUCCAAUUUGCAGAUGGAGCCGUUCAAUCUGGCACUUUGGAUGGUCUGGAAUGGGACACCUGCCAAAGACUCUCUGACCACCUCCAUACCGAGGGAACAAGAGGUUUUGCAACUUCUAGUCAAAGCCGGCGCCCACGUGAACAACGAAGAUGACCACGCUUCGUGUAUCGUACAACAGGCCCUGGAAAGAGAGGACUCCAUACGGACUUUAUUGGACAAUGGGGCCUCUGUCAACCAGUGCGACUCAAGCGCCAGAACUCUGCUCUCCAGCGCGGCGUACAGCGGCAACCUUGAUGUUGUCACCUUGCUCAUCUCCAGAGGGGCAAACAUGGAGCUGGAGGACAACAAUGGACAAACGGCUCUCACUCUCGCCGCCAGGCAGGGUCACACCAAAGUGGUCAACUGCCUCAUUGGCUGCGAGGCCAACAUCAACCACACGGAUCACGACGGCUGGACAGCGCUGCGCUCGGCCGCAUGGGGCGGACACUCGGAGGUGGUGUCCGCUUUGCUGUAUGCCGGCGCCAAAGUGGACUGCGCCGAUGCCGACGGCAGGACAGCUUUGAGGGCAGCCGCUUGGGGGGGGCAUGAGGACAUCGUGCUGAACCUUCUUCAGCACGGUGCUGAAGUCAACAAGGCCGAUAAUGAAGGAAGAACAGCCCUCAUCGCUGCUGCGUAUAUGGGACACAGGGAGAUAGUGGAGCACCUCCUAGACCAUGGGGCAGAAGUCAAUCAUGAGGACAUGGAUGGUCGGACCGCCCUUUCGGUCGCAGCUCUCUGCAUCCCCGCCAGUAAAGGCCACGCCUCUGUUGUGAGUCUUCUCAUUGAAACGGGGGCAGAGGUAGACCACUGCGACAAAGACUGCAUGACUCCUCUCCUGGUGGCCGGCUAUGAAGGACACGUAGAUGUCGUAGAUCUGCUUCUGGAGGGCGGUGCUGACGUAGACCACACAGACAAUAACGGACGUACCCCGCUCCUCGCGGCUGCAUCCAUGGGCCAUGCAUCUGUCGUCAACACGUUGCUAUUCUGGGGCGCAGCGGUAGACAGCAUUGACAGCGAGGGAAGAACGGUGCUAAGCAUCGCAUCUGCGCAGGGCAACGUGGAGGUGGUUCGGACUUUGCUGGACAGAGGUCUGGAUGAAAACCACCGGGACGACGCAGGCUGGACGCCACUGCACAUGGCAUCCUUCGAAGGACACAGGCUAGUGUGCGAAGCCCUGAUCGAGCAAGGCGCUCGUUGCACGGAGGUGGACAACGACGGCAGGAUACAGCUGAUACUGGCCGCACAAGAGGGACACUACGACUGCAUCCAAAUCCUCCUGGACAACAAGGCGUGUAUAGACCAGCGAGGGUACGACGGGAGGAAUGCUCUCAGAGUGGCGGCGCUGGAAGGUCAUCGCGACGUUGUGGAGCUACUGCUGAGCCACGGUGCCGACAUUGACCACAAGGACGCCGACGGACGACCGACGCUCUACAUACUGGCGCUGGAAAACCAACUGGCAAUGUCAGAGUACUUCCUAGAGAAUGGUGCCAACGUGGAAGCGUGUGACACAGAAGGCAGGACAGCCCUCCACGUGUCCUGCUGGCAGGGCCACUUGGAAACUGUGCGGCUGCUCAUCAACUACCAUGCUGAUGUCAACGCCUGUGACAAUGAGAAGCGCUCUGCCCUCCAGUCGGCCGCCUGGCAAGGCCACACCAAAGUUGUGCAGUUCCUGAUAGAAAACGGCACACGGGUCGACCACACAUGCAACCAGGGUGCAACGGCCUUGGGCAUUGCCGCCCAGGAGGGUCACAUCGAAGUGGUCCAGAUACUUCUUGAAAACGGUGCCGACCCAAACCACGCCGACCAGUUUGGACGCACGGCAAUGAGGGUGGCGGCCAAAGGCGGCCACUCCGCUAUUAUCAAAGUCUUGGAAAAGUAUGGAGCCACAACUUUAAAUGGCAGUAAUCCGUCACCUGUGCACACCAUGGAUGACAAAAUGACGGGUAAAAUGCAGUCGCUCACCAUAAAAUCCAGUAGUUCCGGCAGCACUGGUGCGGGAGAUCUGCAGUCAGUGGGACGCGGUCCCACCAACGGGCCCGUCCACGCAUUCAGUUCCCCAUCGGAAUCCCCCGACUCUACUGUGGAUAGACAGAAAUCGGCGCUGUCCAACAAUUCGCUCAAGAGCUCCAAGAACUCAUCUCUGAGGACCACGUCGUCCACAGCCACGGCACAGACGGUUCCCAUCGAUAGCUUCCACGGCAUGACCUUCACCGAACAAAUCCAGCAGCACUCGCUACCCCGCAGCCGCAGUAGGCAGUCCAUCGUCUCGCCUUCCUCCACCACAAAAUCCACUGGUCAGCAGCCACCGCCAUCGCCGUCCAACGAAUUUGACUGGUCGCUGCUGAAACCCGGUCUGAAAUCGACAAAGGGAACCAAGAUCGUAAACGGCACCGCAAUUAGCAAAGGAGGUCCGGACAAGAAAAAAUCCAAGAAUGGCGGCUCCACGCAAGGCCAGGUACUCGAGUACGAGAUGACUCAAAUGGACAAACGCCUUGCUUUCAAUAAUUCAGUCGCCAUGGGCCCCCAUUGCAAGGUGGUUAUUGGCAGCUCGGCCCAGCAAGACCAGCUCUUCAUUCACAAACAGAGCUGCAUUGAGAAGAAGCGCAAUGGUAUCAUGACCAACCCCAACUAUCACCUACAGGGUCACCAGGUCUUCUUGGGGCGGGUGUCAGUUCCCUGCGCCCCACAGAGUCGAGGCCAGCACCAGGACAUCCUAGAGAGCUACCCCGUUGGCGACACGGAGCUAAGCCUUAAACAAGCUCUCAGACUGCAGAUUGAAGGAUCGGAACCCGGCUUCAACUACAAAAAGGAAACCCCUUUAUAGUCGGUGUCACAAACAGGUAAUCAGCACAUUCACAACGACUCUUUUUUUUUUUUUUUUUGUCAGUGCUGGAUUGCACGAAGAAUGUUCUCCAGCUGGACUGUUGCCUCCCUGUGAAACACGGGAAUUCUUCCUGAAUGCCGGCGGCCACAAACGUGCCAAAGCAACUACGUUGGGAAGAUCUCAAAAAGUAGAAACCUUACAAGGGCGUUGAUCGGUUGCUUCCUCGAGGCUUUCUGUGGACUGAUACGCAAUGUGCCUACAUUCUGUUACAACCUUCUCUGUGCGAAACUAUCAUUAUAAUUUAAUAUAAUGCUAUUUAAUGAAAAAAAUAAGUGUAUGCACUUUGGAAAAAGUCAAAUGACAGAUGUGCUUUUCUUUUAUUUACUCUGGAAGUCCAUCCUUAUUUUAUUGGCAGUCUGUGACUAUUCUUUUUCAUUGUUUCAUGGGUGUGUAUUGCACAUGAACACCAGGACAUUGUAUCAAUAGGCCGCCUUUUUCUCCAAAUAUUCUUUUCCGUUCCGUGUUCAAAGCAGUCCUGGAAAUUUGCGGGCAUAUUUAUUUUGGAAAAAAGCCACUUUUUGUUGCGUUCCGCUCUACCAUGGUGCUGUUGUGUUCUGGACAAGUUGCCUGCAGCUAUUUUUGUUGUUUCAUGACAAAAAGGGUAACGAAGGUAAAUUUUGUCCCCAUGGGAUUUCUUUUCAGUUGUGUUUUUGCAUCUUUUUUUUUUUUUUUUUGCAACUGCAUCAGAAUAUUUAAAUAUAUCCACGGUGUUAUUGUGUCCGCAUUGGUUUGGUGCUAAACUAAACUCAGUCCUGUUGUGUGUAACACUGUCAAGGAAUCAAAUGCGAGAGACACAGGAGGGGCUGAAAAGAGAGUUCGGAUUUUACUCUUGAAAGCCAACGUUGGAAAAAAAUAGUCAAUCAGUCAAAAUGGGACAGGAAAAAAGGGAAAAAAAAACAUGUUUUUCAUUAAGUCUACAGUUACAGGCUGUGUCAUAUUUUUGCAUCAUGUAAUGCUUUUUUUUUUUUUUAACCAGGGACGACAAUGAUAGCGACCUAUCGCAUGUGCAAACACCAUCAGUCCACUAGGAAAACAAAACAAAAAGUUUGCAAUCUUAUCACUUCAACAGCUCAGUGUUUUCUCUACUGUCUUGGGGUGACCGGGACUGUAAAUAUCUCACUAUGUACAUUCAACGUUUAUUUACUUCCUGUAUCAUAUAUGAAGUUAAUUUUUUUCCACCCAUGUAUAUUAAAAAUGCUUAAUAAACAUAUUUGCUUUACUGCUGAAAAAAAACAAACACUUCUUGUCUUUGUUCACCUGAUGAGAAAAAACAACUUCGGGUACUCAGACACUAACGGCUCAGUCGUUAGCGGAAGUCGCCGCAAGCACAUUGUUUUCCAAAAUCCAUUUUGCCAUUUUAAGGCUAAUGUGAUAAAAUUAUUUUUAAAUUACAUUCGGCAAGGCUGCUUCAGUUCUACGGCACAUUUAAUACACAAGUGUUUCUCAUAGUUAUGAAACAUUAAAAAUAAAAACUGAGGAAUUUUACAAAGCAAAGCAAUUAAAGUAAAUUUGCGAAAACUGUUAAAAGAACAUACGACACAAACGGUUUUGGAAAAAUUGACUAUAAAUGUGCUCUCAAAGACCUUAAUCAUAUGUAGUGUUGCCAUAAAUAACUUCCUUUACUGAUUACUGGACUUCAACAGGAAC